AUGAAAUCAAACGAAGAAUUCGUAAGGUAUCUAGGAGAAGGAGCCUAUGGUUACGUAAAUCUCGUCCGCUACUCUAAUCCCAACGACGGCUCUUCCUAUCUCUCUGCCGUCAAGAACUCUCCGGAAGAAAACUUCGACAGUCUCCAAAGCGAGUUACAAAUCCUGCUCGAACUCAGGGGAUAUCCCAACAUCGUUACAUGUUUCGGCGACUAUCUUCAAGAAAGCUUCACCAGAUUCGGGGAAAAACUCUACAAACUUCAACUCGAGUAUGCUUCCGAAGGUAGUUUACGCGCUUUCAUGGACAAAUACGCCGACAGAAAGUUGCCGGAACGGUUGAUCAAAGAUUUCACGGGGAUGGUUCUCGAGGGUUUGGGCUGGGUUCACGGCCACGGUUAUGCUCACUGCGACAUCAAACCAGACAACCUACUCGUGUUCCCUUGUUCUAGUGAAGGUGGUUCAUCAUCGUACGAGAUCAAGAUUUCAGAUUUUGGUAACGCGUUAGAGUUGGGCGAAGUUCCUAAAUUCUGGGAGACUGAAGUCCCGUGGGUGGGGACUGCGAUCUACAUGUCGCCGGAGUCAAUCCGUGACGGCGUGGCAACCAUGUCUCUAGACUUGUGGUCGGUGGGAUGUUUGGUACUGGAGAUGUACACGGGAGUGAUUCCAUGGGAAAGCCUUGAAAUUGAUGAUAUCGCUACUCGUCUCCUUUCUGCUCAAGCUCCAGAGAUACCUGAGACGCUUCCUUCUGAUGCAAAGGAUUUUAUCCAAACUUGUUUCUCGAGGAAACCUGAGGAGAGAGGAAGCGCUUCUGAGUUGUUGUCUCAUCCUUUCUUGUCUCAGAUACCUGAGACGCUUCCUUCUGAUGCAAAGGAUUUUAUCCAAACUUGUUUCUCGAGGAAACCUGAGGAGAGAGGAAGCGCUUCUGAGUUGUUGUCUCAUCCUUUCUUGUCUCGUCCAGAAGUUGAAGUAGAAGAAGCAGAGGACAAGAAAACAGCGAACGAGAAGACAACAAACUCGUUUUUGUUGAAGGUGUUCAAGUUGAGAAUGAGAAGAAGAAGUUCCAACAAGAAACCGCCGACAGAUGCUCUUGCUGUUUCAGACAAGAAGCCUCUGAAGUUGAGGUUUUUUCCUACGAAUGCCACACAGUUUAAGAGAACUCUGAACAAAGUCUUGAGGUUGAAGUUUAUGCCUUUGAAGAAAUCGACCUACUUCAGUUUAGUGUCUGUUCAUUAG